UUGAAGGGUAUUAUUAUGACACAUUUAAAAUAAAUGUCAGAAAUUGAAAAUCGAUUAUUAUUUUCAUGACUAAUUUAUCCAUCAGACUCAGUUAUUCAUUUGCUGUUACAACAUUGAAUAGCUGUCAGAAUAUUUACAUAAGGGAAUAAUGGCUGCUCGUCGUAUUACUGCAUCUUCAAUCAACUGGUCUUCUUUGGCAGAACGUGUUCCACCAAAUCAAAAAUCUAAUUUUCAAGCCUUUAAAUCCAAAUCUGAUGUUUAUUUAAGAAGUGUAAUUGCUAACCCUGAAGAAGCACCUAAAAUUGAUUGGGCUUAUUAUAAAAAGCUAAUACCAAUACCCGGUCUUGUUGAUAAAUUUCAAUCAAGUUACGAUGCUUUAAAAGUACCAUACCCAACUGAAAAUUUAACACCACAAAUUGAAGUUCAAGCUAAAGAAACAAAAGCUGAGAUUGAAAGAUUUAUUAAAUCUUCAAAUGAUAGAAUUACUGAGUAUAAUAAGAAAAUUGCCCACUUAAAAUCGUUGUUACCAUAUGAUCAAAUGACGAUGGAAGAUUAUCGUGAAGCAUUUCCAGAUGAAGCUUUAGAUCCAAUCAAUCGUCCAACAUUUUGGCCACAUUUACCAGAAGAUCAGCUUGGUUAUAAACCAAAAGAUGCACCCCCAUCUGACCAUUAGUUUAAAUAAAUAGCGUUUUUACUGUUUUCAAUUGUAAAUAUAAAUUUGCAACCUGCUUAAAUUACAAACAUAUUUCAAAUUGUAACCAUUUACUAUCUAUAAUCGCCAGAACAAAAUCAUUUAAGUUGUUUAUAAACAAUAAAGGAAACUUGAUGGAAAUAUUUAGAAAUGAAAAAAUCUAAGUCAUGGAAAUUUGAAAAAUUUACUUAAAUACAUUUUGUUCAGUGAGCUUAGAUAAUUGUUUUACAAAAUUUUUUUUGAAAAAUUUAAAAAAUGAAGAUUAAAGUGAAACACUUAAGAAAGUAGAUAAAAUAUAAAAACUUAA